AUGGGUCUUUGCUUCUGGGGUUAUGCAUUGAUUCUUUCUCUCUUCUUGAAUCAAAUUUCUUGCCAAGAACCAAACACGGAUGGUUUCUUCGUCUCUGAAUUCUUCAAGCAUAUGGGUUUAAGCUCUGCUCAAGCUUACAAUUUCUCUGCUCCCUUCUGUUCAUGGCAAGGCUUGUUCUGUGAUUCCAAGAAUGAGCAUGUGAUUGUGUUAAUUGCUUCUGGAAUGGGUUUAUCUGGUCCAAUCCCUGACACAACCAUUGGUAAACUCAGCAAGCUUCAGUCUUUGGAUCUCAGCAACAACAAAAUCUCUGCUUUACCAUCUGAUUUCUGGAGUUUGAACACUCUCAAGAACCUCAACCUCUCUUUCAAUCAGAUCUCUGGUUCUUUCACUAGCAAUGUUGGGAAUUUUGGGCAGCUCGAGUCUCUUGACAUCUCUCACAACGAUUUCUCCGGUCAAAUCCCUGAAGCUAUGGAUUCUCUUGUUAGCUUGAGAGUCUUGAAGCUUGAUCACAAUGGGUUUCAGCUGUCAAUCCCUAGAGGACUUCUCGGUUGCCAAUCUCUGGUGUCCAUUGAUCUCUCCUCCAACCAGCUUGAAGGGUCUCUUCCUGAUGGGUUUGGCUCUGCAUUUCCAAAGCUCAAAACUUUGAACCUUGCAAGAAACAAGAUUCACGGCAGGGACAUAGAUUUUGCUGAUAUGAAAUCAAUCAGUUCACUCAACAUUUCAGAGAAUCAGUUUGAAGGUUCACCAACAAGUUUAUUCAAGGAGGCUCUGGAGGUGGCUGACCUCAGCAAGAACCGUUUCCAAGGUCAUAUCUCUCAGGUAGACUCAAACUGGUUUAGUUUGAUUUAUCUUGACUUGUCUGAGAAUGAGCUCACUGGAGAUAUCUUCAAGAAUCUGACACUACUAAAGAAGCUUAAGCACUUAAAUCUAGCUUGGAAUAGAUUCAACAGAGGAAUGUUUCCAAGGAUUGAGAAGCUUACUAGUUUAGAGUAUCUUAACUUGUCAAACACAAAUCUUUCUGGUCACAUAUCAAGAGAGAUCUCAGAUCUGAGUGACUUGAGCAUGCUUGAUGUUUCUGGAAACCAUCUAUCAGGACAUAUCCCGGUUUUGAGUACCAAGAACCUCGUGGCUAUCGAUGUUUCUAGGAACAACUUAACAGGAGAGAUACCAAUGACUGUCCUUGAGAAGCUCCCUUGGAUGGAGAGAUUCAACUUCUCUUUCAACAACUUAACAUUCUGCAGCGGCAAAUUCUCACCGGAAACUCUGGUCAGAUCUUUCUUUGGCUCUACAAACAGCUGCCCUAUCGCUGCAAACCCAACACUCUUCAAGAGAAAAGGAUCAGCCACUGGAGCACUCAAGCUGGCUCUGGCAGUGACACUCUCUGCUAUGUUCUUGCUCGUAGGAGCAUUGGUUUUCGUAGCGUUUGGACGAAGAAGGAAACCUAAAUCUUGUGAAGCCAAAGAUGUCUCGUUCAAGGAAGAACAGAGCAUUUCAGGUCCGUUCUCUUUCCAAACAGAUUCGACCACAUGGGUGGCUGAUGUCAAGCAGGCAAAUGCAGUUCCUGUGGUUAUCUUUGAGAAGCCAUUGUUGAGCAUCACGUUCUCGGAUCUCUUGUCUGCAACUUCCAAUUUCGACAGAGACACUCUCUUAGCAGACGGUAAAUUUGGUCCUGUUUACAGAGGUUUCCUCCCCGGUGGGAUUCAUGUAGCUGUGAAAGUCUUGGUUCAUGGCUCAACUCUUAGUGACCAAGAAGCAGCGAGAGAGCUCGAGUUUCUUGGAAGAAUCAAGCAUCCCAAUCUUGUUCCCUUAACCGGAUAUUGCAUAGCUGGUGAUCAAAGAAUCGCUAUUUACGAGUAUAUGGAGAACGGUAACUUGCAAAACCUGCUUCAAGAUCUGCCAUUUGGAGUCCAGAGGACAGAUGACUGGAGCUUGGAUACAUGGGAAGAAGAAGACAAUGGAAUCCAAAACAUAGGACAUGAAGGACCGGUGGCUACAUGGCGGUUUAGGCACAUGGUAGCGCUUGGAACCGCACGAGCAUUGGCCUUUCUUCACCAUGGUUGUUCACCUCCAAUGAUCCAUAGAGAUGUGAAAGCUAGUAGUGUGUAUCUUGACCAGAACUUGGAGCCGAGAUUAUCCGAUUUCGGUUUAGCCAAAGUCUUUGGAAACGGUUUGGAUGAGGAUAUCACCAACGGCUCACCCGGUUAUCUCCCUCCUGAGUUCUUGCAACCGGAACAAGAUCUGCCAACACCGAAGUCCGAUGUCUUUUGCUUUGGUGUUGUUCUGUUUGAGCUGAUCACAGGGAAGAAACCGGUUGAAGAUGAUUAUCUCGGUGAGAAAGAUACAGACUUGGUGAGUUGGGUUAGAAGUUUGGUUAGGAAGAGUCAAGGAUCAAAAGCUAUUGAUCCCAAAAUCCAAGAGACAGGCUCAGAAGAACACAUGGAAGAAGCUCUCAAGAUUGGUUACCUUUGCACUGCUGAUCUUCCUUCAAAGCGGCCAAGUAUGCAGCAAGUCGUUGGUCUUCUUAAAGACAUUGAACCAAAAACUAAUCAAUGA